AUGGCAUCUACGCAAUUGCCAUCCGAUAUUCUGCUCUUAGUCUGCGAUUAUCUGGCCCAAAUCCAUCCCGCAAGUUCCCGAAACUUUGCCUCCGUAUGCGCAGAAUGGAGAGCAGUCGCAAAGAUCUUCCAACACCGCAGCAUCAGCAUAUUCAUCAACUCAGCAGAACUACUCAAGGAAGACGCAGAAGAUUGCCUAGCAGACUUGAAGCGUACAAACAGCGUCAGACAUGUACGUCGCCUCGAAAUAGCCGGGCCUGGGCCGAAGCCCCGGCAAGACGAAUUCAAAAGAGGGCCGGCAGGAUGGCGUAAAGCACAAGCCUACGAAGACUUUGGCGAGAGUUUGUUCGACAAUCAUAACCCAAGCGUCUCCUUUCCUUUGCUUGAGAGAACAGACGAUCAAUUCGCGAUCGAGUCUCUUUCGGAACAAUCCUGGCAGCCUGUCGUGGAAUUGAUCAGGCAGCUUCCAGCGUUGACCGAUCUAUUUUGGAACUGCGUGCAGCGAGUGCCGGAACUUAUCAUCGAUGCUCUCCACGAGCGUCUUCCCUCUUGUAACUUUUGGCUUAAUUCUUUUCGCUGGACGAACCGUGAUAAGCCCUUUCCGUACGCCUCAGACCGGAAACUGUUCACUUCGCCAAAUCUGUAUGCGUUUCGUCUUGAAUACGCUAUAUUGCAUGCUCCACACAGCCUGCCAAAUACGGAAUCGCGACAUGCCAACGAGAUAGCGACUUUGCAUCGCUUCGUCUCUGGCGCUGCGCCGAAUUUGAGGAAGGUCAUAGUGUCGCGACGCAUCGAAUCGUGCGGGUCCGCGGGCAGGAAAACGGCGCCGGGAGAAGGGUCUGUAUCGACAAAUGCGCUGCGGUCUUGUGCCAAAGGCUCUUUGCACAGUCUCUGCCUCGACAAGGAAAGGUAUACGUACAUCUCUACGUCGACACUAGCAAUGUGGACAGAGCUCACAGACUUUUCCGUUCUGCGAUCAUUGGAAUUACCAGGCCGCGGAGACGCAAGCUUCUAUCAGCAACUGUGUGAAAUACCUUUCCGAGACCUACGCUCCAUUUCUUUGAGCAUUCCAGAGCCAAAAUAUGCUUCAACUGAGACGUUCAAGGAAUUGCAACGCUUCCUUGUGACAAUUCCUCCGUUGCAAUCGCUCCGACUUGACGAUCAUCUGCAUCUCGUAGACAUGGAACCUGUACUAAAGCAUCACGGACCAACACUGAAAUGUCUCUGGCUCAUGCGAGCCGGGACCCACAACGAACAACCGCAAUUUUGGGAAUACCUCUGCACGAAACAUCCAGGAGUCCUAGCAGCCGUUCAAAAGUAUUGCACACGGUUGGGAAAACUUGCAAUACCCAUCCGCCGUUCAAAAGGCAACGCAGCAGAAGUCGAAAGUUACAAAAUCCUAGGCACUCUUCCAAAGCUCCGAGUGCUGGACUUAACCCUAGAUUGUUCCGAUUAUUCCGUGUUCGGCUGGCCAUCCGGCGAUCAGAAUAAUGCAAACGACAGCACAUGGCCUGAACUGCGAGGCGCAAGGACCCGAAAGUCGAACGCGUUCAAUCAGUCGCCGUUCCCAGGUUGCUCCACCCUCCAUGGUCCAAAGUUGCAUCCAGACUUCUCUCCUCAAGGAACUCAAGUCCUGAACCAGCACAUACUCGACGCAUUCAUCAACUGCGCAAUCGAUGAACGCCUCGCGCGGGAAAUCUUCACUUGCAUUUCACGACAGAAAUCCCACAACGAUGUGCCACUCCAACAUCUGACCCUUCAAAUCUGGAAACCCGUAGCCGUCAAGAUGUACUCCACGCCUCCCGCAGUGUCGUCAGUCGCAAACCUGCUUAGUAACAAUUGGUCCGUAAGCCGAAGCAUAAGAGACGAUCGGCCACAAGAAAUAUUCGCCGAAAAGAUGAUGGACAAGAAGAAAAGGAAGACGACUAAUCGCCAAGAUUCUGACAUCGGAUCCAAAGCGAGCUCUUCGUGGGGCAAGCCUGUCGAGGAAAUCCUGCAGCGCCUUUGGCCCAAACUAAAAGGCGCAAGAGGUCUUGAUCAUCUAAGCAGAUGUCCUAGUUUCCCGCUUCAAUCAGCUGAAUCAGCUCCACGCUGA